AUGGACUCUGACUGCGUCGUGAAGAAUGACCGGUACUCGACCGUCGUCCAGGAUCCGUACCUCUACCCGGCAGCUCAUCCAGGCACCUACACUGCCUUCUUCGUUGUCGGUAUUGGAAUGUGGCUCAUUGUGCUGGUGCUGCUGUUUGUCCCUGUGUCAGCUCCCCCAAAGCUUCGCAGAGCCCUGACAGCAGCUUUCCUGCUUCGUGGCAUCGGCUACAUAGUGGAGGGAGUCGCGCACAUCACCUUCAAUCAGGGUGAUGGUCUUGGCCUUGCCUUGGCUGGUCGGGCCGUGGUGAUCGUUUCCUUGUUCCUUUGGCUCGCGCUUUCCACUGGCAUAGGGGAAGUACUUUUGGAAGGGAGUCACGUCCUUUGGUUGACGUCGUGGGUAAUCUCAUUCUUGUUUUUGCCAGUGGCUCUGACAUUGCUCUUCCUGUUUUCCCAACACAGCACCAUUGUGGGAACGUCCGCAGCCGGUGUCGUUGACCUCUACUGGGCUUCUAUAUGGUGUGGCGUGGCGAGCACUUCUUGGAUCCGGGGGGGCACUGGAAACGCGUACGCAACCGCCAUGCUCACGUUGGCAGCUUCUGGGUCUAUCUUCCUAGCUGCCACGGAGAAUCUUUGCGGUCCGCCUGCGCACGCUAGCUGCUACGAGGGCUGCUUCAUGAAUGCUGGUGGUUGGUACAGUCUUUUGGGGUGCGGCCUGUGCCUUCUGGGCCACCUCUUUGCCGUCGGUUUCUGGCUCCUGGACCCUGUCCCGAUGGAUGUCCCAUGGCCACCAACCACCUGGGAGCAUUUCUUCACGCGCAAGGCGGUGUCGCCCAGUGGCAACGGACACCCAGCGCCGACGCCAAUGCCCGGGUUCCAUGCCUGA